CCCCCACUACACACAGAGAGGGAGAGAGAGAGAAAAAUAGAGUAUUUGAGAAGCUCAUUUCUUCUCUGAUUUUGAUGCAAGAAAGAGAGAGAGAGAGAGUGAGUGGUACUGUACAAGUUUUCACAUAACUAUAGCUCUGGGAGGAGAGUUGAGAAAACAAUUUCUGCAUUUUGUGGGUCUCUUUUUCUUUUUCCUCUCAAGCAUCAUCUGUGUGAGGUAGGUUUUUUGAGGUGUGUGAAAAUGCUGAGGAAGAGAACAAGAUCACACCAGAAAGAUCAACAAAACAUGGGUCAGGGUGAUAACAUGAUUACUGAUUCUUAUACUAAUAAUAAUAACAAUGACUCUUGUUAUGCAAAUUCUGAUGCUUUCUUGAAACAGAAACACCAAACCAAUUCCUUUUUUACUGUUCCUGGUCUAUUUGUAGGGCUAAAUCCAAAAAUCUCAGAAUCUGAUUCGGUUAGAAGCCCUACUUCCCCUUUGGAUUUCAAGGUGUUUUCAAAACCUAAUUUUGGUAAUUUACCAAUCAGGGCUUCUUCUAAACCAAAUGAAACAGCUCAAAAGAGUUGGGAUUGUAGGAAAGUAGGCUUAAGUAUCAUAGAAUCUCUUGAGGAUGAAACGAAACCCUCAUCGGGGAAAAUACUCCGAUCAUCGGAUAGUAAGAGUAGCCUUUUUGCACCUCAGAUGGGAAUCUUGAACAACCCGAGCUUGAAAAUCUCCAGUUUUGAUCCAUUUGGCUCGUUCUCGAACUCACUCCCCAAGAAUUAUGCAAUUUUUGCUCGUACCCAUAUUGAAAAAUCCAACCCCAAACUGAUUAAUGUUCUGUCACAAGAGCCAUUUGCUAAGUUUUCGUCUCAUUCUUUGGAUUCUGCAAAGACUGGGUCAAACACUACCCAUUUAACAACCCGCAUGAGUACCGGUUUGUCGAAUGGACCUAACCUUGGAAAAGAGCUAGUGUCUUCUCUCUCAGCAAGUGAGAUUGAACUUUCUGAGGAUUAUACAUGUGUUAGAAAACACGGGCCUAACCCAAAAACAACUCAUAUCUUUGGUGACUGUAUUUUAGAGCGUCACGAUGAUGAGUUCAUUCCUAAAUUAAUAAAGAGUGAAGAACAUGACUCUGAUUCCUCUGAAGUCAUGAAUCCGUACCCCUCUGGUGAUUUCUUGAGCUUUUGUUACUCGUGCAAGAAAAAGCUGGAGGGUGAAGAUAUCUAUAUGUACAGAGGUGAGAAAGCAUUUUGCAGUUGGAUUUGCAGAUCAGAGGAGAUUCUAGUUGAGGAAGAGAUGGAGAAGAACAACAGUGAGGCCAGUUCAUCUUCACAGACUGAACCAGACGGCGGUGAGGAGCUUUUCGAGACCUCCAUGUUCAUCGCUCUAUAAACGAAUUUUAAAAAAGCUGGUAUUUUUGCAAUUUUUGUUAACCGUUCAAUUUAUCAUUAUGCCCAUGAACAAUGAAACUUCAUUCUAUAACAUUUGAGGUGAAACCACACUACUAUUGAUUACCCGUUCGAUAAGAGCUGUGUUUCUUGUUUUUUAUGGCAGCCAUGGUUGAUCUUUUUUGAAAUGUGUGGUAUCUCUUCAUAUGUUAUCUAAUGCAUUUUCAUAUUUCAUAGUCUUGAUGGUCAAUUGGUAACGGUUAAAACCAGCUAAUUUUGUGUCUUUAUUUCCUGCACUAUAUUGACAUUGAUGAUAUCUCUACUCUUGAGACUUCUUUUACUCGAGUCUUAAUAUGAGAAUGAAAUGGUACUAGCCAGACCCUCCAUCCCCACUCCUAUCCUUAUCUUUCUUGGACUCAUUGUAAGGAGUUGAUGUAUAAGCCUCCAUAAUCAAGUCUUUGAAUGAAUAUAAAUGAUCUUUAUACA